CUGUUCUCUCGCCGCCGUUCUAGUUCCGCUUUGCUUGAGGUGCACGUGGCGGUGGAAGCUUCCCGGGCGGUGGCGGUUGUUGGUUCAUGUCGAUGGCGCAGGUGUGCUGCGACUCGGCCGUAACGGCGGCACCGGUGGCCGGGCCGGAGGCGGAGGCGAGGGCCAGGGCGCGCGCCGAGAGGCGCCGCCGGGCCGCGGAGGCCGGGAGGUGGAAGCACGCGGCGGCUGCUGGCACGGCAGCCGCAGAUGCCACGAGGAAGCGGAGCCUCGAGGCCGGGGAGCUGCUCGUGGCGCGGAAGCACGGGGCCGCGUCGGUGGCCGGCCGCCGGAGGGAGAUGGAGGACGCCGUGUCCGUGCGCGAGUCCUUCGCCGCGGAGGGCGACGCCGACGGCGGCGGGAGGCGCGACUUCUACGGGGUGUUCGACGGCCACGGCUGCUCGCACGUGGCCGAGGCGUGCCGGGACCGGAUGCACGACCUGCUCGCCGAGGAGCUCGCCGCUGCCGACGGUUCCGGCUCCGCGGCGACCUGGACCGCCGCGAUGGAACGCAGCUUCGCGCGGAUGGACGCCGAGGCGAUGUCGGCCGGCGGGAGCGCCGCCUGCCGCUGCGACCCGCACAAGUGCGACCACGUGGGCUCCACCGCCGUGGUGGCCGUCGUGGAGGAGCGCCGCGUCGUGGUGGCCAACUGCGGCGACAGCCGCGCGCUGCUGUGCCGCGGGGGCGGCGCGCCGCCGCUGCCGCUGUCGUCGGACCACAAGCCCGACCGCCCCGACGAGCUGGAGCGGAUCGAGGCCGCGGGCGGCCGCGUCAUCUUCUGGGAGGGCGCGCGCGUGCUGGGCGUCCUCGCCAUGUCCCGCGCCAUCGGGGACGGCUACCUCAAGCCGUACGUCUCGUCCGUGCCCGAGGUCACGGUCACCGACCGCGCCGACGCCGACGAGUGCCUCAUCCUCGCCAGCGACGGCCUCUGGGACGUGGUUAGCAACGAGGCCGCGUGCGAGGUGGCGCGCGCCUGCCUCCGCCGGGGGCGGGCCAGGUGGUGCGCCGAGGCCGCCGCGCUGCUCACCAAGCUGGCCCUCGCCAGGCGCAGCUCCGACAACGUCUCGGUGGUCGUCGUCGAUCUCCGGAGGAGGGAUCACUAGCUAGCUCUGAGCAGUUAGUACUAAUACAGUAGUAGGAUGGUGCACAAAAGGAUCUCGCGGGUGUGUGCUAAUUGUUUUUCUGUCUUUCUCGUCAAAAGUUAUUUUUUGCUGCUCUCCCUGAAUCAAAAAGUUCAGAGGAGCCCUUAGAUUA